AGUUUUUGAGUUGCUUAACUUUGUGUAGUGUCAUGAUAAUGGGUUUGUAUGAUAUAAGGGUUAUGGACCAGGUGAAUGGUGAUCACGGCCGUGAUUCUAAGACCGUGAUUGUGAUGGUGAUUUAAAAAUGUUGCUUAUCAAUAUUAAUUUAUCAACAUUAGUCUUCUAAGACCGUGAUAUUAUGUAAAAACCAUAGACAUAUUAUAAAACAACUAGAUAGCCGACUACAUAUUACAUUGCCAUAAGAAUGUUGAAGUCGGGCCGGCAUAUGCCAACAGGGCAAUAUUUACAUAAUAACUCAAUAGAUAAGACACUGAUAUCUGGUAAUAAAUCAAUAUAUAUCCAUUGAACUAUAUAAUAAUAUUAUAAUAUUAUAUAGUUCAAUGUAUAUAUCAAUAAUAUCAAUCAUGCGAUUUUGUAAAUAUUGCCCUGUUGGCAUAUGGCGGUUGACUUCAAAAUUAUUCUGUAGUCGGCUAUCUAGUUGUUUUAAAUGUCUAUGGUAAAAACUGGUCCAAGGUGUAUUGAUAUCUGUUAUAUAUUAAUGUCAUCACAAAGUGCAACACUGUAUAAGUUGUGAAUAAGGUAUAGUCAUACCAAAUAUUAAGUCUCUCUGUUGUAACCAACAAAUAAAAAUGUUUUUUAAGUUGUGUCUUGUCUUUUAAAAUAAAAGGAUGAUUUUUAAAAAAAACACGAUUUUUUCUUUAUACGUUAAAAUCUAAGUUUGUUGUAUAAUACACAACAAAUUUGGCGACGAAGAUGGUGAAAACCAAAACCGCAAAUUCGGAAACAAGUACGUCAAACAUUGCAACUGGUAAUAACUCGGGAAAUAAUAUGGCGGCAUAUAUUGGACUUAACCACAUGUCAUUUGACCACCGUUCCGGUGAAUGGAAAACUUUUAAAUUAAAGUUAACAAAUAGUUUCAUUGCUGGUGAUGUUUCAAGUGACCUCAAAAAGAAAGCCAUUUUAAUAACUGCGCUAAGUGACGAAACGUUGUCCCUACUCGCAAGUUUAUGUGUGCCGUUGGACAUUGAAGCAAAAUCAUUCAGUGAUCUAAUCAAAUUAUUAGAUGCACAUUUCACGCCUGUAAAAUCGUAUUUUUCUGCCAGACAUGAAUUUUAUAGAGCGGAGAAAAAUCCUAUGGAAACGGUUGCAGAAUGGGCUGCUCGAGUACGCACUUUAUCCAUACCUUGUGGUUUUGGUACUGAACUAAAUAUUGUUUUAAGAGACAUUUUCACUCUGGGUCUUGAUAAACAAUUUAAAGAACGAUUAUUUGAAGAAGAUGCCACAAACCAAAAUAUCACUAUGAACAAAAUUAUGGACAUUGCUCUUGCGAAGGAAAUGGCCAGCAAAAAUGCUGCAAAAAAUAAUCAAGAACCAAAUGAAGUAAAUUUUGUAAAAGGAAAUAAAUUUACCCACAUGAAAUCCACAAAGAAGACAAUAAAUAAACAGUAUACAAAGAACUCACAGAAAGAUCAAGCCGGCGAAACUCACAAACAGAAAUGUCAAGUAUGCGGUCAUCAAAACCAUAAAUCAAACGAUUGAAGUAUUGUUGUUGAAUCCACCUCUCUGCUUGAACUGGAAAACAUCAACAGACAUUAACAUUAAGUGGAAUAAUGUGAAAGUAAUAUCAUUUGAAACAUCUUUCAUACUAAAUAUUAAUUACAGCUUGGAUACAGACAGCAAUUUUAUGACCAUAAAUAUCAUAUUGGAGAAAAAUAGAGGAAGACAUACAGCCCACUGUCCACCAAAAAAAGCUAACUAUAAACUCACAAGGGCAUUUUGUUUUUAUUUUAUUUGAAUUGUAUGAAAAAUUCACAUAGGCAUUUUGUUUUUAUUUUAAUAC